AUGCGCGAUACACAGACUCGCUCGCGCCCUGCCAUUUUCACAGCUGCACCUCCCCGCCUAGCGCGCCUCUCCUGCGCCCGUGCCGCCUUCUUCUCCGCUCGCCUCCCGCUCGUCCCCGCCACGCGCCUAUCCGCCCCCUCGCGCCGCACCAUUGGAGGGGCCGUGCGCGUCGCGGCGACCACGUCGGGCGGGCAGGGCUCCGCGGGGUCGGUGGCGGUAGGCUCGUUCCGCGCGGGGCAAAAGCGCGCGGAGGUGCGCCUGCCUGCGCUGCUUCUGACGCUGACCAGCGCGGAAGUCCUGCGAGGAGGGGCGCAGGGCAGCGCGGAGGCGGUGGAUGCGGCGGUGGCGGGGGGCGCGACCAUGGUGGUGGUGGGGGAGGAGGGCGCGGGCGGCGCGGGCAUGGAGCUGUUCGAGGCGGCGUGCGCCGUGAAGGAGGUGGUGCGCGGGCGCGUGCCGCUGCUCGUGGCGGAACGCGCGGAUAUCGCCGCCGCUGCCGGCGCGGAUGGCGUGCUGCUGUCCGAUAACGGUGCGAUGCGGGCGCGCGGAGGGGGUGCGAUGAGCGUGGGGGGAGGGCGAGGGGAUUUUAACGGCUUCUUUUACGUGGCCUUAUACAUGGAGUGUGAUUGUAGGGAGCUGGGGAGGUCAACACACACACCGCAUGGUUUAUGCCUCACAUGCUUCACCCAUGCUCACAUGCCGCACCCAUGCUCACAUGCCGCACCCAUGCUCACAUGCCGCACCCAUUCUCACAUGCUGCACCCAUUCUCACGUGCUGCACCCAUCCUCACAUGCUGCACCCAUUCUCACGUGCUGCACCCAUCCUCACACAUGCUGCACCCAUGCUCGAUCACAGCCCUCGCCUCUCUUGGGCACAGCCCUUCAUCCGCCCCCAUCGCUCUCCCUUCUUCUGAAACCCGCUGCCUAUGUGGCAUCCCGCCACACCUCUCGCCGUCCCUUCACCCUCCGUCCUCUCACGCCUAUCUCUGCCACUCCCCUCCUCUACCCUCUGCCUCCCCGCUUCUCUCCGUGCUCGCGCCCCUCUGCCCCUUGGCCCCUCGCCUCGCCCCAUGCGUGCGCCCAUCCCCCAGGCCUACCAGCAGUGGCGGCGCGGCGCAUGAUGGAGAGUGCGGCGUCGGGCCCGCUGCUGCCACUCGUGGCGCGCCGAGUGGCGUCCGUGGCCGCCGCAGUCACGCCACCACCGCUGACGGCGCCGACCUCAUUCUCCUCGCGCCCUCCGCUGCCGUGCCAGUAGUGGGCGCUACCAGUAGUGCAGCCUCCGCUGAUGCGGCGGCGGUGGCGCAGGUGAGGGCGCGGCAGGUGAGCAUCCCUGUGCUGGUGCAGCGGGGGGAGGGGAGCGCGUGGGCAGGGGGGGAGGGCGUGCAGUGGGUGCGCGGCGUCAUGGGCAGCGGCGCUGCUGGCGUGGCCGUCUCACUCUUCUCGCUGCUGCAGGCGGAAGCGGCAGAACCAGCUGAAGCAGCCGAGGGAGCGGAAGGAGCAGGAGCAGGGGAAGUAGGGGGUGUGGGAGGUGGCGGGGAGAGCAGGGCGAUGCGGGCAGCGGUGGGGCGCGUGGUGGGCGCCAUGGCGGAUGCACGGUGGGUCACCAAGGGCAUGGGGGAAGGCGCGGGGGGGGAGAGUGAGACGGAGAGUGAGGGGGAGAAUGAGGAGGAGGGGGAGGAAGUGGGCAUGGGAGUGGGAGGUACAGCUGGGGAGGAGGGCAGCGGGCGUGGGGACGAGGAGGAGGGGAGGGAGGAGGUGGAGCAGGUGCUGUCUGGCGUGGGAGGGCCUCCGGGGCCCGCUGCUGCCAGCGCUGUGGCGGGGGAGGAUGUGCGCGUGCAGGGGGCAGGGGAGGGGGAGGAGGUGAAGGAGGAGGAAGUGGAGGAGGAAGGGGAGGGCAGGGAGGGGCGGGCGGGCAGGGCGAGUUCAACUCGGCAAGUCAUCACUGGUGAACGCGCUGCUGGGGGACGCGUUCUCAAGGUGGGCGUGGUGCCCACCACCAACGAGAUCACGCUGCUGCGCCACCUCGACUCCUCGCCCGCCUCCAGCUGCGCGCACGUGCCGCCCAGGCCGCCUCCAGUGCAGCGCUGUCGGCGGGCAGCAGCGGGGUCGCAGAGGGGGGCGGUGGCGGGGAGGGCAGCAGCGAGGGCGGUGGCGGGGCGCAUGGCGGUGGAGGAGCAGCGCCACCCCGACGGCCACAUGAUCCGCUUCCUGCCUGCUGACCUCCUCAAACAGCCUCUCAUGUGUCGUCUCUUCAACCCCCUCCCGUCCGUCCAUCUUUCCUUUCCAUGGGCACGGCAAUGCGAGCAGAUGAACGUGGUGGACACGCCCGGCACCAACGUCAUCUUGGAGCGGCAGCAGCGCCUCACAGAGGAGUUCGUGCCCCAGGCUGACCUCGUGCUCUUUGUGCUCUCCGCUGACCGCCCCUCACCGAAUCAGAGGUCUGCCCUCUUGCCCUCUUUGCUCUCCUGCUCUCUUACCCUCGUCCACCCACCCAUGCAUCCUGCAACCCUCCUUGGCCCUCACAACAUCCCUCCCUCCGUAUCUCUACCUCUUUGCCUCACUUCCCUCGCUGCGUCACCCCUCCUCCACACCAGGUGUCAUUCCUGCGGUACAUCCGGCA